CCAAACCAACCAGCCACCACCGCACCGCACCGCACCGCAACAACAACCGCCGCGCCCGCGCAGAGCACCGUCGAACACUCGGCGCCACCCAUGGCUCCCAAGAACGCGGCCCCCGUCGCCGUCGCAGCCGCAGCCGCAGCGGGCGGCGGCAUGGAGCCCAGGUUCCGCGGCGUGCGGAAGCGGCCGUGGGGCAGGUACGCGGCGGAGAUCCGCGACCCGGCAAGGAAGGCGCGCGUCUGGCUCGGCACCUUCGACACCGCCGAGGCCGCCGCGCGCGCCUACGACGCCGCCGCGCUCCACUACCGCGGGCCCAAGGCCAAGACCAACUUCCCCGUCGGCACCGUCGCCGCCUACGCGCACGUCCCGCUCCCGCUCCCGCUCCCGCCGCCCAAGAAGCUGGCCGUCAGCCCCAGCAGCAGCACCGUCGAGUCCUCGUCCCGGGACACUCCGGCUGCUUCCCCCGCGGCCCCGCCGGCGCUCGACCUGAGCCUGGCGAUGCCGGCCAUGGUGGCGGCGCAGCCGUUCCUGUUCCUGGACCCCAGGGUCGCGGUGACCGUGGCCGUGGCAGCGCCGGCGCCGGCGCCCUGCCGAUCAGCGGCGAUCAGCGGCAUGAAGAACAAGGUGGCGUCCCGCGAGGAAGAGCAGAGCGACACCGGGUCGUCGUCAUCCGUGGUGGACACCUCGCCGGCCGUGGGCGUGGGGUUCGACCUGAACCUGCCGCCGCCGGUGGAGAUGGCAUAGGACAUGGAUCUUGAUCGCCCGAUGACGACGCGGCUCGGAAGUAAAGCAAGCAAGCUCUCUCGCGGUAGAACUUAAAAGUUUAGAAUGGCGUGUACUAGUAAGUAAGAGGAGGUUAAUCGGCCGUUUAUUGCCAGGAUCGAUCCAUCCAUCGAUGGGUAAGGGUAACUAGGUGUACAUAGAUCGCGUGUGUGCGUUUUUUGCAUGGGGAGGCAGGUAGCAUGAGACAACAUCUAUCUGCUCCCAAUGUUACUUACAAUUUCCUUAAAAGCAAGGGGAAAAGAUCAAAAAUGAAGAAGCCAGUAGUAGUAGAGCAUUUUGUUCUUCAGUGUACAAUAUUUGUUCUCUCUCUCUGAUUAAUGUGAAAUUUGUGGUUUCCAUCUUA